UCUUCUUCAGCUCUGACUUUGGAGAAGGAAAGCAUCUCCGCGCCAAAGUUCACUGCCGGUGCGUACGCUGCUUAACCUGCGCACCCUCACCCCUUUUCUUCCAUUUCUCUUCUGCUCCCCUCAAUUUUCCUUCUCUCUCUCUCUCUCUCUCUCUCUAAAACUUUCUGCCUCUAAAACUGCACAGUCUGGGAACUCCAUCGGCGACUCUAAUUGAGGUUGGAUAGCCUGGAAAUUUCAACAUGUAUAUAAAACAGGUCAAAAUUGAGGGAUUUAAGAGCUACAAGGAAGAAGUUGCUACUGAGCCCUUUAGUCCGAAAGUCAACUGUGUUGUCGGUGCCAAUGGAUCUGGCAAGUCAAACUUUUUCCAUGCUAUUCGUUUUGUACUAAGUGACCUCUUCCAGAACCUACGAAGUGAAGAUAGGCACGCGCUGCUCCAUGAAGGUGCAGGGUACCAAGUUUCGUCUGCAUUUGUUGAGAUUGUGUUUGAUAAUUCUGACAAUCGUAUCCCGGUUGAUAAGGAGGAAGUUUGCUUGCGUAGAACAAUUACUCCGAAGAAGGAUGAUUAUUUCUUGGAUGGAAAGCACAUCACUAAAACUGAAGUUAUGAAUUUAUUGGAAAGUGCCGGGUUCUCUCGAUCCAAUCCUUACUAUGUUGUGCAGCAAGGAAAGAUAGCAUCGUUGACAUUAAUGAAAGACUCUGAAAGGCUGGAUUUACUAAAAGAAAUUGGUGGAACUCGAGUCUAUGAGGAAAGACGUCGAGAAAGUUUGAAAAUUAUGCUGGAAACUGGCAAUAAAAGAAAGCAGAUAAUUCAAGUUGUUCAGUACUUGGAUGAGAGGUUAAAAGAAUUGGAUGAGGAGAAAGAGGAACUAAGGAAAUAUCAACAACUUGACAAGCAACGCAAAUCUCUAGAAUUUACUAUUUAUGACAAGGAACUUCAUGAUGCUCGGCAGAAGUUGGCAGAGGUGGAAGAGGCACGGACCAAAGUUUCUGAAACGUCAGCAAGGAUGUAUAAUAGUGUGCUGGAUGCCCAUGAAAAAUCCAAAGACUUGGACAAGGAAAUGAAAGAUCUAACAAAAGAUGUUCAAGCUUUAAGUAAAGAGAAAGAAGCAGCAGAAAUCCGAAGAACAGAAGCAAUAAAGAAGCACACAGAGCUUGAGCUUGACGUCAAAGAUAUUGAGGAGAAGAUGUCUGGAAAUAUUCGGGCCAAAGAUGAUGCAGUCAAGCAACUUGAAAUUCUGAAGCAAGAAAUUCAGGACUCAAUGAAUGAGCUUGACGAAAUAAAUCCUUUGUAUGAAAAUCAAGUCACGAGGGAGAAGGAGAUAACAAAGGGAAUAAUGGAGCGUGAGAAGCAACUUAGCAUUCUCUAUCAAAAGCAAGGCCGUGCCACUCAGUUCUCUAAUAAAGCUGCUCGUGACAAAUGGCUUCAAAAGGAAAUUAGGGAUCUCAAUGUUGUUCUUAGUUCGAAUUUGGACCAGGAGAGAAAACUUCAGGAUGAGAUUCAUCGGCUUAAUUCUGAGUUGAGAGAGCAAGAUGUCUACAUUGAAAGUCGUAAAACAGAAAUUGCGAAUCUGGAGUCCCUCAUUUCUCAGUCUCGUCAAGGCUUCAACUUUCAGCGAUCACAGAGAGAUGAGUUGCAGAAUGAGCGGAAGGUCUUAUGGGGAAAAGAAACGGAACUUUCUGCUGAAAUUGAUAAGCUGAGAACUGAAGUUGAAAAGGCAGAAAAGAGCCUCGAUCAUGCAACUCCCGGUGAAGUCAGAAGAGGGCUGAAUUCUGUUCGGAAGAUCUGCAAUGAGUACAAAAUUCCGGGGGUAUUUGGUCCAAUUAUUGAGUUACUUGAUUGUGAUGAAAGAUUUUUCACUGCUGUUGAAGUUACUGCCGGAAACAGCUUAUUUCACGUGGUGGUUGAGAAUGAUGACAUAUCAACCCAGAUAAUUAGGCACCUUAAUUCACUGAAAGGUGGGCGAGUUACUUUCAUCCCAUUGAACAGGGUGACCGCACCACGCGUUUAUUAUCCACAGAGUUCUGAUGUGAUACCUCUGUUAAAGAAGUUGAAGUUUUCUCCGAACUAUACUGCCGCAUUUGCACAGGUGUUUGCAAGAACUGUGAUUUGUCGAGAUCUGGAUGUGGCCACAAGGGUUGCUCGUGACAAUAACCUAGACUGCAUAACUUUGGAAGGUGAUCAAGUGAGCAAGAAAGGUGGUAUGACUGGUGGAUUCUAUGACCAUAGACGAUCAAGAUUGAAGUUUAUGAAUAUAAUCAUGCAAAACACAAAAUCUAUAAAUGUGAAGGAAGAGGAACUGGAAAGAGUUAGAUUUCUGCUUCAAGAGAUAGACCAGAAAAUUACAGAACUUGUGACUGAGCAGCAGAAAAUUGAUGCAAAGCAGUCUCAUGACAAGUCAGAAUUAGAACAGCUUAAGCAGGACAUUGCAAAUGCUAAUAAACAGAAAAAAUUGCUUUCCAAAGCUCUUGAAAAUAAGAGAAAAUCACUUGCAGAUGUACAGACUCAAAUUGUACAGCUUAAAGCCAGUGUGGCCAUGAAAGAGGCUGAAAUGGGCACAGAGCUCAUUGAUCACUUAACACCGGAGGAAAAGGACAUUCUCUCGAGAUUGAACCCUGAAAUAACGGAUCUUAAAGAAAGCCUUAUCAAAUGCAAGACUGAGCGUAUUGAGACUGAAACAAGAAAAGCAGAGCUCGAUACUAACCUAACUACCAACCUCACGAGGCGAAAGCAAGAAUUGGAGGCCAUAAUAUCUUCUGCAGAAAGUGAGAGUUGGUAUGGUGAAGUUGAAAUCAAAAGGCAAGAACUUAAUGAUGCUAGACAAUCAGUUGAGGAUGCAACAGAGCAGCUUAAAAGAGUGCUUUCAGACAUAGAUGAACGAACAAAGAAACUUAAGAAGAUUAAAGAUGAAAAGAUCAAGUUAAAGAAUUUGGAGGACAACUACGAGAGGGCACUUCAGGAUGAAGCCAAAGAGUUAGAACAACUAUUGAGUAGAAGAAACAUGUUUCUUGCUAAACAAGAGGAGUACUCAAGAAAGAUCAGGGAAUUGGGUCCAUUGUCAUCAGAUGCCUUUGAAACAUAUAAGCGGAGGAAUGUCAAGGAAUUGCAUAAAAUGCUGCAUAGGUGCAGCGAACAACUCCAGCAGUUUAGCCAUGUCAACAAGAAAGCACUUGAUCAGUAUGUAAAUUUCACAGAGCAACGAGAAGAGCUACAAAAAAGGCAAGCUGAACUUAAUGCUGGUGACGAGAAAAUUAAAGAACUUAUAUCAGCUUUAGAUCAAAGGAAGGAUGAGUCCAUUGAGCGUACUUUCAAAGGUGUUGCUAGGCACUUUCGAGAAGUUUUCUCGGAACUUGUGCAAGGUGGAUAUGGUCACUUGGUUAUGAUGAAGAAGAAGGAUGGUGAUCAUGGUGAUGAUGAUAAUGAUGAGGAUGGACCUCGUGAAGCAGAUUUGGAGGGUAGAGUUGAGAAAUACAUUGGCGUGAAAGUGAAGGUUUCUUUUACUGGACAUGGAGAAACUCAGUCCAUGAAGCAGUUAUCUGGGGGUCAGAAAACUGUUGUCGCACUUACGCUUAUCUUUGCCAUCCAGCGAUGUGAUCCAGCUCCUUUCUAUCUUUUUGAUGAGAUAGACGCAGCUCUGGAUCCACAGUACAGGACUGCUGUAGGAAAUAUGAUUCGUCGCUUGGCAGACAUGGCAAGCACUCAAUUUAUAACCACAACGUUUCGACCAGAGCUUGUCAAAGUUUCUGACAAGAUAUACGGGGUGACACAUAAAAACAGGGUGAGUCGUGUCAAUGUUGUUUCGAAGGAAGAUGCACUAGACUUCAUCGAGCAUGACCAGUCUCACAAUGCUGACUAAGUUUGUUCCCCUAUAUAUGUUUUCUUAUAUAUUCUUGUUCCUGCUCCCCAUGUACAUUCUGGAAGACUGAAGUGACUUGCCCAUGUAGGUUUUCUACAGCUGCCAGUAAGACUUGGAAGUAAAUAUAGUUAGAAAAAUUUCAAUAGUUUGGUCUCUGGAUUUGAUUGUUAAUAUUCAUCUUGCCCCAACUCUAAUCUCUGUGAAUUUGAUUGUUAUUGUUAAUCUAUGCUUUAACCCUAGGCA